CUGGCCAAGGCUCUGCUCCUGCGUUACCACCCUCUGUUCUCUGCACUGACUGACAAACUCUUCUCGUUGCUGGAUGAUCCUGAUCUGGGUUUGAUGGCGGCAGACAGCUUUUCUCUGCUGAUGAGCGACACUGUGGACGUCCUGAACCACAGCUGCCACGCAGACAUACGCCUCAUGUACCGCCAACGCUUCUUCAGUGUAAACUCAGCCAAGCUGGUCCAGGGCUUCAGUGCUGCUCCGCAAGAGACGAAGCCCAACUACUUGAAGGCUCUUUCUAACAUCGUCACUCAGCUGCCGAAGCAGGUCCAAGUGUCUGAGCUGCCAGCGCUUCUGUCUCUGUUGCUGGAAGCUUUGACGUGUCCCGAUCAGGGUGUCCAGCUGUCCACGCUGUCCUUCCUAGAGCCUGUCCUCCUGAACCCCUCUGCAGUUUUCAUCCAGCAGCUGGAGGCUUUGGUCAGCAGGUUACUGGUCCUCGUCUGCAGUCCGGCCAUGAAAAUACGGAUCGCUUCAAUACGCUGCAUCCACGCUCUGUCACAGUUUCCUGUGCACGAGGUGUUGCCGUUUCGAGCGCGGGUGCUGCGAGCCUUGGCUCCGCCUCUGGAUGACAGGAAGAGGCUGGUGAGGAGGGAAGCAGUUCAGGCUCGAGGAGAGUGGUUCCUGUUAGGAAGUCCUGUGGGCAGGUGAUCCUGCAGGUUUUAUUCAUCUAAACUGAGGAAACAAACAUCAGGACCAAGAAGCAGAGCUGUGUGAACUGCUGCACAGCUCUUUGUAUGAACUCAUGGAUUUUCAGCAUCGUGUGUCAUCAUCCCUCCGCUCUUUUUUCUUUUGUCCUCAGAUUCAAUGUUUUCUGUGCUCAGUGAGGCUGCCUGGACUGUUUUACAAUCAGCUAAAUAACAGGCAACAGCUUGUUUGUCAGACAUAAACACGACUGAAAUGACUCGUUAUUUCAUAUUUCAUCAUUUAACCGUUUAAUAACAUAUCCUGUUUAAAACCUUUUA